ACAGGUACAGUCACGUGGUCCCAGAGCCACAUACGGCGCUCAGGAGCAGACGCAAACACCAGAUUUUAUCCGUUAAAUAUAUUCCACAAUGACGCGUCAUGGAAAAAACUGCACGGCCGGAGCAGUUUACACUUACCACGAGAAGAAGAAGGACACGGCAGCAUCAGGAUACGGGACUCAGAGCAUCCGACUUGGGAAAGACGCCAUCAAAGACUUUGACUGCUGCUGUCUCUCCCUGCAGCCGUGUAAAAACCCCGUGGUCACUGCGGACGGCUACUUGUACGAGAAACAGGCCAUACUUGAGUACAUUCUGCACCAAAAGACCGACAUCGCCAAGAAGAUGAAAGCCUAUGAGAAGCAAAAGCAGGCGCAGAAGACCACAGACCAGAGUGAGUCCAAGUCUGUGGAGAAGGAGAAGAUGGAAAAGUUUAAAACCAGUGAGAGCAACAUCGUGUCCAAACCCAUCAACCCGUUCACCUCCAGAGACGAGCAGAAACCCGAGGGCACAGCGGAAGUGGCGGUGGCCGGCUCCAGCAAAGCUCUGCCCAGUUUUUGGAUCCCGUCUCUGACCCCUGAAGCUAAACCCACUUUGCUGAAGAAGCCGAGUAAAACCGUCCUGUGUCCAAUGUCUGGUCGUCCCAUUAAGAUGAGUGAGCUGGUGGAGGUGCACUUUACGCUGGUUGACCCUGGUUUGGACCGUGUGAAGCUGCUGAGUCGACAGGAGCGGUACGUGUGCGCCGUGACCCGGGACGCGCUUGGAAACAGCGUGCCAUGUGCAGUGCUCCGACCCUCCGGUGCUGUGGUGACACAGGAAUGUGUGGAGAAACUCAUAAGGAAAGACAUGACCGACCCAGUAAGCGGAGACAAACUGACGGAGCGUGACAUCAUCUACCUGCAGAGGGGAGGCACAGGGUUUGCUGGAUCAGGGGUCGACCUCAGGGCCAAAGAGGCAAGGCCUGUCAUGCAGGCGUAGAACCAGCAACCUGUCCAAUCCAUGCGGCCGUUGAAACAGCAACCUGUCCGUUAUAAGACUAAUGAAAUGCUGUUUAUUGAACAUUUUGGCUUACAGUGAUGGAAAGUUACAAAGUAGUAAAGUACUGAACUUAAAUACAAAUUUUAGGUAUCUGCAUUUUAGUUAAGUCAGUUUUAAAGUGAAUACUGGUAUCUGCAUUUUCUACUCCACUACAUAUUUUGGAAUGAAAAGUAAAAGUAUUUUUCAGUGUUGUCUGAGGCCUGCUGAAAAGGCUGAGCAUUUAUUUUGAACACAUUUAUUGUUUGAGCAAAUAAAAAUAUACAAAGAAAAACGAUUGAUUUACGGUAAAAUUCAGCAUGAAUCCAUUUCAAAAUCACUAUAUUUGAAGCUUUUAGAUCUCAAAAUGUGUGUGUACUUUAAUACAUUUACUUAAGUAUAUUUCUUUUUUUUAUGUGAUACUUUUUUUUGCUCCGGUAUCUGUACUUUCAUUUAAGUAACAAAAUGAAUACUUCUCCCACCACUGCACAUCUGUCUUGCCUUUAUUCAGUUCGAGGUGUUUCAAGGUAUCUAAAAUUAGAAAAAUACUUUAACAUACAGUUGAAACCAGAAGUGUAUGUAUCUAUAUAAAAAGACACAUACUUUUUUUUCUCACUGUCUGAUAUGAAAUCAAACUAAACUGUUCCCGUUUUAGGAUUACCAAAAUAAUUUCUUUUUGUUAAAUGGAGAAAGUAAUGAAAAAUUGUCUAAAAAAUCCUUCUCUCAAAGUCAGAAGUUUACAUACAUUUCAUUAUUAUUUGGUACCAAUGCCUUUAAACUAUAUGACUUAGGUCAAACCUUUUGGAUAUCCUUCCACAAGCUUCUCACAAUAGUUGGCAGGAAUUUUGGCCCAUUCCUCCUGACAGAACUAGUGUAACUGAGCCAAGUUUGUAGGCAGCCUUGCUCGCACAUGCCUCAGAUCUGCCCAUAAGUUUUCAAUAGGAUUGAGAUCAGGGCUUUGUGAUGGCCACUUCAAAACAUUGAGGCUAAGAAAAAACUUGUGAUGGCAAAAUUUUUGUCUGUUCUUGAUUUUGGUGAUGUGAUUUACAUGAAUGCCUCUGCAGAUGCUUUACAUGCUUUGGAUACUGUUUAUCACGCUGUGUUACAUUUUAUAACAAACAUGAAGUCGUUGACCCACCACUGUGUUUUGUAUGCCUGGGUGGGAUGGCCCUCAUUAAUUGCUUGUAGAUUAAAACAUUGGUAUCUUUUCAUCUAUAAGUCUAUUCUGGGAUUGGUUCCUCCUUACAUUCAGCAGCUCAUAGAAGUAAAGCGUAGUACUGCUCACAGUCUGCGCUCUCAGGACUUGUUCCUGCUCUCUGUGCCCAGAGUUCGCACUGAGCUGGGAAAAAAAGACUUUUUUAGACACUCUCUGCAAAUCAUUCCAAGAUUGCGCUGCAGAGACUUGAACUUAAAGGAUAUGAUCUCAUUGAACUAAUUUAAGAGACUUAAUUGACUAUGAAAGCAAGCUUUCAAUUUGCAAAUGUUUCAAUUAGGACUGAUGUUUUAUCUUGUGACUGUGUGUGCUGUGUAUAUGUUUAGUAUGAGUAUGUCUGUGUCCUGUGCGUGUUUUGCUUCUUGGCCAAGACACUCUUGAAAAAGAGAUAUUUAAUCUCAAUGAGUGUUUUAUCCUGGUUAAAUAAAGGUAAAUAAAUAAUAAAUAAAACAUUGACUUUGUUAUCCUUAAGCCACUUUGUAACCAGUUUGGCUUCCAGUCAUUGUCCAUUUGGAAGACCAUUUGCGUCCAAGCUUUAACUUCCUGGCUGAUGUCUUGAGAUGUUGCUUCAGUAUUUCCACAUUAUGUUCUUUCCUCAUCAUUUUAUGAAGUGCACUAGUCCCUACUGCAGCAAAACAACCCCACAACACGAUGCUGCCACCCCCAUAUUUCUCAGUUGGGAUGGUGUUCUCAGGCUUGCAAGCUUCCCCCUUUUUCCUCCAAAUGUAACAGUGCUUAUUAUGGCCAAAAAGUUCAAUUUUAGUUUGAUCAGACCACAGGACAUGUCUCCAAAAAUUAAGGUCUUUAUCUCCGUGUACAUUUGCAAACUGUAAACUGGAUUUUUUUUUAUGGUUCUUUUGGAGUAAUGGCUUCUUCCUGGCAGCUUCAGCCAGCAUCUUCAUAAGGUCUUUUGCUUUUAAUCUUUGGUUGAUAUGCACAUUUUGGUCCAAAGCACGUUCACCUCUGGGACACAGAACCCGUUUCCUUCCGGAGCGGAAUGAUAGCUGGAUAUUCUCAUGAUGUUUAUACUUGUGUAUAAUUGUUUGAAUGUGGCACCUUCAAGCAUCUGGUAAUUGUACCCAAGGAUGAACCAGACUUGUGCAAGUUCACAAUUCUCUUCCUGAUGUCUUGGCUGAUUUCUUUUGACUUUCUCAUGGUGUUACAGGAAGAAACUCCGGUGCCUUCAUCCACAGGUGUGUCUCUGUUUAACUCUAAUGUUGUCAAUAAACCACACCAAAUCAGAAGCUUCCAAAGACAUGACAUCAUCAUCUGGGUUUUCCCCAAAUUGUUUAAAUGGAUAGUAAUCUUACUGUAUGUAAACGUCUGACUCUGAACUAAAGAAAACUUGUCAAAAAAAAUCCUUCUCAUUAUUCUGGCUUUUAGCAAAUAGAAAUCAUUUUGGUAAACCUAAAACAGGAACAGUUUAGCCUGAUUUCAUGUCAGACAAUGAGGGGAAAAAAACGUGUCUUUUUAUAUAGUCCAUGUAAACUUCUGGUUUCAACUGUACACACAUAAAUUGCUGGUGUGAGUGGGGUCACCUCUCCACAGAUCUGGCCUGUAACUUGGCCUGGAGGCUUUACCUGACCUGAGUUGUGGAGUUGUUUUGUUUCAUUCACACGUUUAACACAAACCCUGCAUAUUUAGGCAGUUCUUCUCUCAAACAGAAAACACUGUGUUCCACCUUGUGAUGUCAUAUGAUAAUGUGUAAACUCCACACACCUUCACUAGAAUCAUUUGGAUCAUUUCAGCCCUGGAAUUACCAAUCUGUACUGAACUAACAGUGAGAGAUGGCUUUAAAUGUGAAAACUGCCACUUCAUGACAUCAUAAGGUAGAACAGAGCAUUUUAAAGGAUUAUUCAAACCAAACACAAGUCCUGGUAUGUUUUUGAGGAACAGCAUUAUAACAUGGCUUAAUUCUCACAAGAGCCAUUUUGUGUAAUAUAGAACCUUCAGUAUUUCCAUGGAGACAUUGAGGCCCCAUAUCCUCCACCAGGAAAGUGACAUAGUGCACCUUUUAAAUGGUUCUGUUUGCAUCAUAGUAAAAGCAAUUUUUUUUUUUAGCUUCAAUAAAAGAACAGGAAUUACGCGCCGGCAUAGAACAACCUGCCCGUAAUAAGACUGUUAAAUGCUGUUGAUGGGUGGCAGUAUUUCAGUCGGUAGAGCUCCCACAGAUAAAUGCUGCUGUUGUAUCCUUGAGCAAGACACUUAAUCCCCUCAGCCCGUGUCUGUGUGUGUGCAUAGGUGAGUGGUUCCUUGAUUUAAAAUGCUUUGAGUGUCUUGAAGGUGGAAAAGCAAUAUAAAAAUGUGACCUUUACCAUUUAGAAUGAAAUGUUUGUAAUUUUUUUCAUGGUCAAAAUGAUAGCUUUUCUUAGCUUUAAUAAAAAAGUAAUUUUAGGUUCAUUAUUUACAUGUAUUUAUGGCC